UUAAUACAUUUUUUAUUUCACCUUUAUUUAAUCAGGUAGGCCAGUUGAGAACAAGUUCUCAUUUACAACUGCAGACCUAAUUCCUCAUUUACAUAUGCAGACCGUACUUGCUACAAAGUUACAGAAAGCUAAACCAACAACCACACAAACCGAAAUUGGAUACAUUGUAAACACAGGUCCAACGAGGACAACCUUAGCUAGCAUUGAUUUGUUUUUACAGAGACAUAUUUUUUGGAGCAUCUGAUGACCUAACGUGUUCCUGAGGGAUUUGUCACCGUUUUUCUUGCUGAAUCACUUGCAGGCCCUGAGGGAUUGGUUAGGGCUCAAGACACUCACCUCUCACUCUUCCUGUGGCAACCCCUCCACUCAGCCCCUCGCCGUAAAACGGAACUGGUUGCGUGAUCAGCCUCAGUGUGACUGGCAGGAGGUGGAGGGUUUAGCUAAAACCCUACACACUAGGGCAGAUGUGCUCCAUAGGUUUUGCGCGGUCGCUGGGCUUUGCCCUUCUGCCCCUGGCUGUGUGCUGUAUCAUGGCCAACAUCCUGCUGUUCUUCCCUGGAGGAGAGAUCCAGUAUGUCCAACAGGAGAGACUGUCCAGGCUGAUCUGGUUCAUGAUGGGAAUCGGAGGGGGAGGUGUGUUGAUGUUCCUGCCUGCUGGAGUGUUCAUCAGCCUGGGGAAGUGUACAGGCUGCUGUUGGAAUGAAAGCUUCAUGAUGUGUGGGUCGGUAAUGGCAGCUCUAGUGGGUCUGGCCGGCUCGGGAUACUGUUUCAUCAUCUCAGCCAUGGCCAUGUUGGAGGGACCUCAGUGCUUCACUGCUCUGGGAUGGUCUUAUCCCUUCGCCAAUGAGGGAGGAAGGUACCUAAUGGAGAAGCACACGUGGUCUAAGUGCCUGCAGCCUGUCAGCGUUGUAGAGUGGAACGUGACCCUGAUGUCCAUCCUGCUGGGCCUCAGUGGGCUGGAGUUCAUCAUAUGUGUCCUGCAGGUCAUCAAUGGGCUGGUGACAGCUGUCUGCAGACCCUGCUGCUACAAGCAGGACUACACCCUCAAUGCCUAAACACACACAUAGAUGAGACACACACACACAC